AUGUUUCAAUUAGAGGACUUAGACCCAGAAGAGUUGAAAGUGGAGGCCAAUAUGAAGUGGGCGAAUGGUGAAGCCGAGGAUGCAAACACACUUUGGAGGAUGGCUCUCAAGGAAUGUAUCAAAUAUUCCAUGAGAGGUUUUCCUACGAAGAAAAAUCGAGACAUGCAACUGAGUCUUCGUCUAAAUCUAUCACUUUAUCAUUUUAAAAAAAGAGAAUACCACGAGUGCAUUAACCAGUGUGAUAUCAUUUUGGAAGGAAUAGAAGGGUUAGAAGCUUUGUUAACCCGGUACGAAGAGGAGCAAAUUGAUUUGCAGGGAGAGGGGAAAGAAAGUUCUUUGCCUGAACAUGUUCAGGCAGAAAAGGAAUUAAAUGAGGUAAAGGCGGAAAAUUAUUCACAUGAUAAUACUGAUACUGCUGCUACUGCUGCUGCUACUGCUGCUGCUGCUACUGCUACUGCUGCUACUGCUGCUACUACUACUACUACUGAAGAAGAAGAAGAAGAAGGGGUGAUGAACAUGAUCAAAAGGGAAACUUUGAUGAAGAUUUUCCUUAGAAAGGCAAAUUCAUUUUUACAUCUACAAGAAUUUGAAAAAUGUAAAGAAAAUAUCAAACUGGUAAGGCGAAUCGACAAGUGGAAUGUUGAAGCCAUGAAUUUAGAAAAGAAGCAACAGAUAGAACAGAUUCAGUAUGAACAAAUGCAGAAGCAGUUGUAUAGAAGAAUGUGUAAUGUGAAUGCUUCAAGCGAUUCCAAGGGAAUGAAAUAA